GCCUUCUUGGUCCCGGUGCGGCCCUGCUGGCGAUCCUGCUCUUUUGAUCCAUCUCACGGCCGCCUUGGCCUCGUCAGUCCCUGCAUCUGUUCUUUCGCUACUCCCUGCCCGGCCCAGCUGGCUCGCAGUUUGGUCGCUGGCCUGGUUUGCAUUCGCCACGCUUCAAGCUCGGCCCACUGCCCCACCGCUCUUUCGAUUCCUCCAAUCCACCCCCCUGGAUCGUCAGCCUCUCCACCGCUUCGGUCUGACUCGGCCCUUUGCCGAUCCGCUCUGUCCGCAUCGACCUCCUACGCUCUCGCACUCCAUCCGCAUUCGGCAGCAAUGAUGGGUCACCAAGACAGCAGCACCCACGCCACACCGUCAUCUUUUGGCCGUAUCCGCAAGCUCAAGGUCACCAACUUCAACGAGGCAGUCAUGUCCACCGACUUUGGCGACGCCGACUCUGGUGAAUCGCCCGAGCACAAGGCUCAUACCGGAGGCCGUCGGCACUCCCACGAAAAAGGUCGAUCCUACAGGCCGUCCUUGCCAGGCCAUCAUCAUGCCCACUCCAACAGCGACGAUGAUCUCGAUCAAACUGCAGUUGUCAUCCCGGCUCCGUCAUCGGUCACCAAGAGCGGACGCAUCAGCAAGCCCGUCAGUCGACUGGCUUACUCACUAGAUCAGCCUUCGUCGCCCAAGAAGCGCCCAAAGCGAGAGCAGCUGUAUUCAUUUGAGAGCGAUCACUCACCCGAAGCUCGUGCCGAUCCCAUCCACCACGAACCGGCCGUCACCCGAACCGGGCGCAUCAGCCGGCCGCCCGAGCAUUAUGAUCCUUACACCUCCUACCAGAGCCGAUCGCGAGCAUCGGGGCCGUCGUCACAGGCCAAUUCGGCUGCCGAGAAGAGCCGCUCCAGGCAUCGAGAUCCCCCGGAGUCGAGCUAUCACCAGUCGUCCAGGCGCAGCUACAGCGUGGAUCUGGAGGAUCAUAUCUCCUACGACUCGAUCGGCCGAACCCGCGGAGCAAAGCGUAAGCUCAGCCUGUCUAUCGACGAUCACACUGAUGAAGCACCCAACGGCGUUGAUCCAGCCGACGACCGUCGUGCCAGUCGAGAUGAGAUCAGCCGCAAGUCUGUAGCAUUCGCCAAAUCACCCCCUCCAUAUCGCUCGUCCAGGUCAGACGGCUCCAAGCAUCAUCGUCCCGCGUCGCCGGAGCAAGCCCUUCAAAGCACCAGCCAGUCGGAUCAUGACCCGGAUCGAUCUUUUGAGCACGAGUCGAAUGGUCCCCACAGCGGUAACGAAGAGGAUGAGGAGACAGCCCCCACACCACCGCGGCAACGCCAUAACUCAAACGAAAAGUACAUUCCCAGCGACGAUGAUGACGAUGACGAUGACGACGACGACGACAAGGCUAAUGCAGAUGCAGAUGCAGACGACAGUCAAGCCGAGGACGAUGCUGAGGCUGGCUCGAGCAAGAGCGACAUUGGUGGCGAUGCUUCGGUCGAUGCAAAUGUCCAGGAAAGAGACGACCCGGCUCUUUCUGGCAGACGACGGCUCCGUCCGCGCGGCGAGGUUCGAUACUCUCUCACUGAUAUCUUUUCCAAGACCUUGUACGAUGCCCGCCCGGGCGCCUCUCACGAUCGCAAGUCCGAGCGCUCUCGCAGUCGCCGCUCCUCGGAGGAUCAUCCGAUACCGUUCACGGGCCGGCAGACCCGCAACUCGCUGAAAGCAUUCGAUGCCCUGCCAGAUCGCGAGCCUCCGGAGAGCCGCGUUACUCGUCUGCGGAGCCGCGAGGGACGAGCCGUGGACUACAGCCGAUUCUAUAUUCCAAAGAAGGCAGCUCCAACAGAAGCAAACAGCCGCAAGUCCAAGGCAGGAUACGGUGGAUACGACCAUCCCUUUGUGAGCUACCGACCAGGACGGUACUCUUCAAAGCCUCGACGCCUCUACGACUCGUCGGAUGAUGAAGAGUCAAUCGGACGUAUGCGAUCCGGCGGCUCGCGCUCGGCCGGGGCACCGGCAUCGAUGAAUCCCAUCAACAUGGCCGAGAUUCAGAGGGCCCAGGACGUCCUGCUGAGGCUGGGAGGGCUCUCAGAAGGUGAAAGGAAGGAACUCGAGAGCUGCCGCGACAUGCGAUACGGCGCAACAGGAAACUCGGAUACAGAUCCCAUCGACGUCGGCAAGGUGGGAUUCGACGAUAUUGGUGGUUUGCAAGAACACAUCCGAUCCCUCAAGGAGAUGAUUGUCAUGCCGCUGCUCUAUCCAGAACUGUUUUCGACCCUGAACAUCACCCCUCCUCGAGGCGUGCUGUUCCACGGCCCGCCCGGAACAGGCAAGACGCUCAUGGCCCGGGCCCUGGCCAACAGCUGCUCGAGCUCGAACCAGAAGGUUGCGUUUUUCCUACGCAAAGGCGCCGACUUGCUCAGCAAGUGGGUCGGCGAGGCCGAGAGGAGCUUACGACUGCUGUUCGAGCAAGCCAAGCAGUGGCAGCCAUGCAUCAUAUUCUUCGACGAGAUCGAUGGACUGGCUCCGGUACGCUCCAGCAAGCAGGAUCAAGUCCACUCCAGCAUUGUUUCGACGCUGCUGGCGCUGAUGGAUGGAUUGGACAGCCGAGGCCAGGUCGUUGUUAUCGGCGCGACCAAUCGCAUCGAUGCCAUCGAUCCCGCUCUGCGCCGGCCCGGUCGGUUUGACCGCGAGUUUUACUUUCCUCUCCCCGGCGAUGCGGCUCGUAAGAAGAUUCUCGAGAUCUCGACCAAGCAAUGGAACCCGCCGCUGAGAGACUCGCUGAUCGAUGAGCUAGUCGUGAGCACCCGGGGAUACUGUGGCGCCGAUGUGAAGGCGCUGUGCACCGAGGCUGCCCUCCAUGCUAUCCGCCGCUCGUUCCCGCAGGUGUACGAGUCGAAUCACAAGCUUGUCGUCGAUCCAAACCAAAUCCGGGUCAAGAGAUGCGAUUUUGCAGAGAGUUUGAGGAAGAUACUGCCAUCGACCCAACGCACGGCAAUUGUAUAUGCACAGCCGUUACCCAAACAGCUCAAGCCACUGUUGGAUUCGCAGCUUGAGAUCGUAACCGCUUUCGUGGAGACGAUCCUGCCCCUUCUCGAAUCAAACACAGCGCGGCACGACGGCUCCACCGCGCAUGAGCUGCGCAGAGCUGGCGCAGGCGACAUUGACGAGAGUGGUGAUAGCGACGACGAUACGACGCUCCUCCCAAGCAACCCAGGCACAUCAUUCCAGCACGACAUCUCGCUCUACUGCAGAAGCAUUGCGCCGCGAAUCUUGGUUGCAGGAUCGGCUGGAAUGGGACAAAAGUACAUUGGACCAGCCAUCUUGGCGUCCAUGGAAAAGUCACGCGUGUACAUCCAGGGCAUGGAUCUCGCCACGAUUCUUAUCGACAGCGGCCGGAGCCCUGAAGCCGCCAUUGUGCAGUACAUCAACGAACUCCGGCGGCACCGCCCGGCAGCGAUCUACAUCCCCGAGAUCGACCGCUGGUGGGAAACCCUGACCGAGCUCUGUCGCCACACCCUUGUGUCCCUCCUCAACCGCGAUCCGUACGAUCCGAUCAUUGUGCUGGGCACAUGUGAAAAGCACAUCGAGGAGCUGCCAUCGGACCUGCUGGAUAUCUUUGCGGGCGUCUGGGGAGACGGCACCGCGGUUGGCAAGAUGGUGAUAGCUUUGGCGUCUCCAGACAUGAAUCAACGCAACGACUUUUUCCACGACGUGAUCCAAGCUCUGCAGAGACCGCCACGCGCUCUCAAGCACAAGACUCCUCGGUCGACUCUUCCCGAAGAGCCGGUUGUUCUGGAGCGUGCCCCGACACCGCCCCCGGCCGAACCUACCGCCGCCGAGAUCCAGGCGCUGCGCGAACAGGACGAAUAUGUUAGCCUCCGACUGCGAAUGGAGCUGCGAACGAUUCAUAAAGAUCUGAUGAAGAGCAGCACCUUCCGGCCGUUCAAGAACGCAGUCAACGAGCAGGACUAUCCAGACUACUACGCCGUCAUCAAGAAGCCCAUGGAUCUAAGCACAAUGGCGUUCAAGAUCGAUGCAAACGAGUAUGGGAGUACCUCGAGCUACAUGGACGACAUUGCCCUCAUUCUCGAGAACGCUCGGACCUACAACAACCACGACAGCCCCGUCUACCAGGCAGCUCAGGAGCUCGUUGACAUGGCGCGGUUCAUGCUCGACUUUAUCCCGAAGGACCUGAUCGAGGACUCGAAGCUGAUGAUGAUCCGCCGGCGACUGCUGCGAAAGUGGGAGGAGCGGCAGCGCCAGGAGCCACGGAAGAAAGGCAGAUCUCGGGAUCUGUCUCGCGAGAGCCGUGUUGGAAUCGCCGCAAAGACCUCGGCAACGGCCGAGCCUGAGCCUGAACCCGAACCUGAGCCUGAGCCUGAACCUGAGCAGAAUUCGGAAUCUGUGUCUGUGGCUGUACCCGAGAUCGAGCUACAGUCGGCAUCAGUAGCCGAGUUGGUACUGACAGUAGAGCUACAAUCACAGUCAAAGCAGCUUGCACCACUGCCGAACAAGCGGGAUGAUGCAGAUGCACUUCUGUCCGAAGCUAUGGGCUUGUCUCGGGAUCAGUCGCCCGAUGAGAUGGAUUCUGCAGAGGACGUGCCUGGCAAUGGCAUUCUCGUGUACGAAACAGACCACGAGAGGGACGAGCCCCCGAUCGACUCUAUGGACCUGGAGUCGGCGACCGCUGCUGGAAACCCGAACGUGGAGAUCGCGCAAGGAAUCGGUCACUCCUCGAGCAUUCACGCUCUCGCAGUCAAACCGGCGACUGUCACAACCCCCAUCCUUGAAACUGGGCGUGCUCGCAGUGGUGGUAUCGAAACUGAAGAGUGUGUGCCGGGAUACACACCCAUCGAUCCGGAGGAACUGGAGCAGUUCAAGCACCAACUUUUGCUUUCAACCGAGGACUGGUCCGUGGCCGAUCUGGAGGCACUCGGCGCGGCGCUGGCGUGUGCCGUUAUGCAGCUGUCCGGCGAGCCAAACCGCAAAGUGGUUCUGCAGCGAUGCGAGGCUGUUCUGGCCGGCAUCAUCCAGUCGAAAUCAGCUGAGGUGUGAGCCAGGAAUCGUGUGAAGCGAUGGGACAAGCCGAGACACAUCGAAGCACCACAACGCACAUUGCCCUCCCUCAUCGGUCAGACAGCUGGAGCUGCAGGAUGCGCAUACACCAAGCAAGACGUGCAAUAUGGGAAUUCAUGGAUGGUCGCAUCUGAGCAGCCUCGAUGGUGAUUCGUGAACUCUGAGUGGUCCGCUGGCCACGGGAUUUCUGCGGAGCCUGUUCAGAAAGCAAAACCCGAUGCCUAUUCGUGCUCCUCCGCACUUCAGCCGCUGCCUGGUUUCAGUUUGAGGGAGCCCAGUCUUGAGAUACAAUAUAUAUUCGAU